AUGGAGAUCUCAGGUCCUAUCUCAGCAUGUGAUACCUAUCCCUGUUCCAACGGAUCGCAGUUGAAUCGGAAUGACAAAUGUGAAGAGAACACGAAACCAAGCUCUAAACUGAACCGUUCGGAGUCUGAGGCUCGAGACCUGUUAGGUAAUAAAGGCAAGGCCCCAGUAUCCUCUAUACCAGACCUUUGCUCCACGAUAUUCGCCGUCAACUUUGAUGACAAACAACGAGGACUCCUUGGCUGCAUCGCGGACGAAAGAUACCGGCACCAUAUGUACCAUGUCCGGAGCUUCACUGAUGCCCUACAACCACAAUCACAAUCCCUUGAGGAACUCAUAGCGACUUCGACAACAUUUCCACGACCUCCGGUACAAGGCAGAUACAUGUUCAGCCGCCGUGAUCGACUCAUUCUCGCCGUGAACCUUGCGUGCAGUGUCCUGCAGUUCCAUGGUAACUGGCUGCGCAAAUAUUGGAGAGCUCGUGACAUCAUGUUCAUGAAAGAGCAUUUUGACCCAUCCAAACACCCCUAUGUCGUGUGUGACAUUGCAGGCGAGCCGCGACUGAUUCUCGUCGAACUUUCGGUGUGUCGGAGCCUUGAAUCAUUGCGUACACAGGAAGACGCCGAUCCUCUGGAGGCAGUGGCAAAUCUCAAGACUGCUGCUCGAUAUCUUCCAGUUGUGGAAAUGGAGAGUGGGUUGAAGUACGGUCAAGUGGUAGAACGGUGUCUCUUUGGCUCAGAUACCGUAGAUACGACCUCGGAAGACGAAAGUAUGCAGGACAAAGUGUUUGAAUGUGUCAUUGCCCCGCUGGUUGACAACUUAUGCGACUUUGACCGGUCAUUGUACAUCUUCCGGUAA